ACGCCUUUGCUAGAUUUGUAGCAGACAGCGCAGUUUGUUUACAGAAAACCACGAUAUUGAAGUCCGAAGCAAUGGCUCUACCCCGACCGAAAUCUCCUCGACCUGUAACACCCCAAUCUAAAAAAGAUGAAUCUUUUCUGGAAUAUCUCGGAACAUUAGGUCGUAGAAAAAAAAUUAAAGAAGUUAAUGAAUUGACUGCUGAAGGAAAAGAUGCCAUCGAUUCUCCUGGUAAACAAAAAGCAGAAGAUCUUUUACCUCAAGAUUAUAUUUUGGAUGAAUUCGAAGAAAGAUCCAUGAUUGAACCGGCUUCUUAUGAUGAUCCCAAGCUGAAGGAAUUGAUCAAUGUUUUGAUUGAAUGGAUCAAUGAUGAAUUAGCUGGUUAUCGAAUAAUUGUGAAAGACAUUGAGGAAGAUCUUUAUGAUGGUCAAGUUUUACAAAAACUUUUAGAAAAGUUGAUGGAUGUAAAAUUAGACGUUGUUGAAGUUACCCAGUCAGAAGUGGGGCAAAAAAUAAAACUAAAAAGAGUUUUAGAAGCUGCCAAUAAUACCUUAGGGAUCAAUAACUGGAACCAGCCAAAAUGGAAUGUGGAAAGUAUUCAUUCUAAGAAUGUAGUUGCUAUUCUUCAUCUACUUGUAUCUUUAGCUCGGCACUUUAGAGCUCCUAUUCGUCUGCCUGAAAAUGUUGUUAUAAAUGUUGUAGUGGUUCAGAAAAAAGAAGGAAUGCUCCAUACAAGAACUGUUGCUGAGGAGCUGACAUCUACUUAUGAUGACCUUGGAAUGCGAGUUGAGAGAGAUGCAUUUGACACUCUUUUUGAUCAUGCACCUCAACAGUUAGCUCUUGUUAAAAAGUCUUUGGUGACCUUUGUGAAUAAGCAUUUAAAUAAAAUCAAUCUUGAGGUGACGGAUCUGGAAACUCAGUUCCACGAUGGUUUAUAUCUUACACUAUUGAUGGGAUUAUUGGAAGGAUAUUUUGUUCCCUUCUAUUCAUUUCAUUUAACCCCAACUACUUUUGACCAAAAAGUGCAUAAUGUUGCCUUUUCAUUUGAGCUUAUGAUGGACGCUGGACUACAGAAACCAAAAGCUAGACCAGAAGAUAUUGUAAAUUUGGAUCUGAAAUCAACUUUACGAGUGCUUUAUAAUUUAUUUGCCAAAUAUAAACAUUUGAGUUAAUGAUCUGCUGCAGUUAUGAGUUUUAGCCUUGUUCACUGUUUGAAUCUGCAAUUUUCAUAUACAGUUUAAGAAUCGUUACUUGUUAUUAAUUUUUAACUGCAUUUAAAUUCAUAUUAAUAAAAUUUUAUUAACCACUA